CGGUCCUGCGCGAAGGAGCGAGCGAGCGAGGUUGGAGCGGGGCCGGGUCGGGCCCGCGGAGCAGGCGAGGCCGGACGGAGCCGACGGCGGGGGCGCCCUGUCCGGGGCGGCGCGCGCGGGGCGGCGGCGGGUCUGGCCCGAGCCCGGCGGGCGGGCGGGCGGGCGGGCGUGGAAGGCCUUGCCCCGAGUAGCAUAAUGGCGGAAACUGCUUCUCCACUGAAGCACUUUGUGCUGGCUAAGAAGGCAAUUACUGCAAUCUUUGACCAGUUACUGGAGUUUGUUACUGAGGGAUCACAUUUUGUUGAAGGAACAUUCAAGAAUCCAGAACUUGAUCGAAUAGCUACUGAGGAUGAUCUGAUAGAAAUACAGGGGUAUAAAAACAAGCUUUCUGUCAUUGGUGAGGUGCUGUCUCGGAGACACAUGAAAGUGGCAUUUUUCGGCAGGACAAGCAGUGGGAAGAGCUCUGUUAUCAAUGCAAUGUUGUGGGAUAAAGUCCUCCCUAGUGGGAUUGGCCACACAACCAAUUGCUUCCUGAGUGUUGAAGGAACUGAUGGAGAUAGAGCCUAUCUUAUGACAGAAGGAUCAGAAGAAAAAAAGAGCGUGAAGACAGUUAAUCAGCUGGCCCAUGCCCUUCAUAUGGACAAAGACUUGAAAGCUGGCUGUCUUGUACAUGUGUUUUGGCCAAAGGCAAAAUGUGCCCUCUUGAGAGAUGACCUGGUUUUAGUGGACAGUCCGGGUACAGAUGUCACUACAGAGCUGGAUAGCUGGAUUGAUAAGUUUUGCUUAGAUGCUGAUGUCUUCGUUUUGGUUGCAAACUCUGAAUCAACACUAAUGAACACGGAAAAACAGUUUUUUCACAAGGUAAAUGAGCGACUUUCCAAGCCUAAUAUUUUCAUUCUGAAUAACCGUUGGGAUGCCUCUGCCUCGGAGCCAGAAUACAUGGAAGAUGUACGCAGACAGCACAUGGAAAGAUGCCUACAUUUCUUAGUGGAGGAGCUCAAAGUUGUGGAUCCUUUAGAAGCACAGAAUCGUAUCUUCUUUGUUUCUGCAAAGGAAGUUCUUAGUGCUAGAAAGCAGAGAGCACAGGGGAUGCCAGAAGGUGGUGGGGCACUUGCUGAAGGAUUUCAGGCAAGAUUACAGGAAUUUCAGAAUUUUGAACAAAUCUUUGAGGAGUGUAUCUCGCAGUCAGCAGUGAAAACAAAGUUUGAACAGCACACUAUCAGAGCUAAACAGAUACUAGAUACUGUGAAAAACAUAAUGGAUUCAAUAAACGUGGCAGCAGCAGACAAAAGGGUUUAUUCAAUGGAGGAGAGGGAAGACCAAAUUGAUAGACUGGACUUUAUCCAAAACCAGAUGAAUCUUUUAACACUAGAUGUGAAGAAAAAAAUCAGGGAGGUUACGGAGGAGGUGGCAAACAAGGUUUCAUGUGCAAUGACAGAUGAAAUUUGUCGACUGUCUGUUUUGGUUGAUGAAUUUUGUUCUGAGUUUCAUCCUACUCCAAGUGUAUUGAAAGUAUAUAAAAAUGAGUUAAAUAAGCACAUAGAAGAUGGUAUGGGAAGAAAUUUGGCUGAUCGUUGCACCAAUGAAGUCAACGCCUCAAUGUUUCAAUCCCAGCAAGAAAUUAUUGAAAACUUGAAGCCGUUACUUCCAGCCGGUAUACAGAAUAAACUACAUACACUGAUUCCUUGCAAGAAAUUUGAUCUCAGCUAUGACCUGAAUUGCCACAAGUUAUGUUCAGACUUUCAGGAGGAUAUUGUAUUUCGUUUUUCCCUGGGCUGGGCUUCCCUUGUCCAUCGUUUCCUGGGCCCUACGAAUGCUCAGAGGGUGCUUCUGGGGUUGUCAGAGCCUAUCUUUCAACUCCCCAGAUCUUUAGCUUCUACUCCCACUGCUCCUACCAAUCCAGCAACACCAGAUAAUGCCUCACAGGAAGAACUCAUGGUUACCUUGAUAACGGGAUUAGCUUCUCUUACAUCUAGAACUUCAGUGGGCAUCAUUGUUGUUGGAGGAGUGAUUUGGAAAACUGUAGGCUGGAAACUCAUAUCUGUUUCAUUAAGUAUGUAUGGAGCUUUGUAUCUUUAUGAAAGGCUGACCUGGACCACCCGUGCUAAGGAGAGAGCCUUUAAACAGCAGUUUGUGAACUAUGCCACUGAGAAACUGCAGAUGAUUGUCAGCUUCACAAGCGCAAACUGCAGCCAUCAAGUACAGCAGGAAAUGGCGACCACUUUUGCUCGCCUGUGCCAACAAGUUGAUGUUACACAAAGACAUCUGGAAGAAGAAAUUGCUAGAUUAUCCAAAGAAAUAGAUCAAUUGGAGAAAAUACAACACAAUGCAAAGCUCCUGAGAAAUAAAGCUGUUCAACUUGAAAAUGAGCUGGAGGAUUUUACUAAGCAGUUUCUACAUUCAAGCAGUGAAGACGACUCUUAACAGUAGAGAUUACUUUGGUGAUCAUCGUAGGAGAAAACGGAACUUGGAAGAUUGGGACAGUUGUUAUUUUUAUGAAAUGACUUUAAAUAUGAAUUAUACUAACUGCACCUAAAUAGCAAAUCCUUGUGUAGAUUCUGGUAAUGAUCUAUCUCAGGUGUUUGCAUUUCUGAAGAGUGUUAUGAUGUCUCUGUAGUUUUAAUUUUGGGUAAAGAAAAGGCUAAAUUGUUUGAUGUGUUAAAAUGAUGAAUUAGUUAAAAGAAACAGAACCAACUAUGUGACCCCUGAGGGGUGGGGCCUUGCUCUUAAUUAGGGCUCUCUUUGUUUUUGAUUCUGAAAAACUCUGCUUCCUGGCAUCCAGGAGUUGGAGAAUGCUUCUUUCAUCUUCUUUCUCAAAACUAAUUUUUGAUGCCUCCUCUAAUGAGAAUAGUUACUUUUUUGUUUUAUAAACUGCAUUGCUCUAACCACCAAGAAGGAGUGUGAAAUGUUCUUGAGUAUAUUAUUUAUGCAAGUUACAAUCACUUCUGCCAUCCUGGCGGGUAUGUAAACCACUAAUAAUUAUGCUGUUUUUACUCCCUCUUUUAUUCCCAUUAAAACUGAUGUAAACAGUAUAAAGGUUUGUUAUUAUAGUUUCUUAUAAAA